AUGCCUCACCUUCCUAAAUUACAAAGCGUUGUUGUUGUUGGCGGGUCUCUCGCCGGGCUGAUGCACGCCUUGGCCAUCAUUGUACAUUCUCCAUCGGUCAAAGUAACAAUUCUAGAAAGAUCACCAUCCGCCCUUCUACACAAUCAGGGCGCUGGAGUCGUCGCUGGUUCCGAUACACAAUCUUUCUUCUCUCGCUAUGUAUGCCCGGGGCACGACUUUGCCGUUCUGAGCACGCAGCGGCAAUACCUUGACCGCAAAGGGGAGGUUAUCCAGGGAAGUGCCGAGAAAAGGGACCAACGGAUGACAAGUUGGGACACUCUCUACCGCUAUCUGAGAUGGAGAGUGGAUGACAUGGAUAUCAAGGACUAUAUAUCCAGUUCCGACCUCAAAAAACUGGAAGCCAGGCUUUCUGACUUUGGCCAUGGAAAAGCCGAUUAUCAAUAUGGCUGUAAAGUCAGAUCUGUUGAAGACCUUGGACCUUCGAAGGGUAUUCGCGUACGAUGGACGAAUAAGUCUGAUAAGGAGGAAGAGAUGACUGCAGAUCUCGUGAUAGCCGCCGAUGGAGGAAGCUCAUCAGUGCGUAGAACAUUACUCCCAGCUGUUCAACGAACAUAUGCUGGUUACGUUGCUCUUCGAGGCACUGUUCCCGAGGACGAGAUCUCUGAAUCUGCUGCGGAAGCUUUUAGCGAGAAAUUCGCUUUCUACCACGCUGAUGGCACUCAAAUUCUGGUCUAUCUUAUCCCAGGAGAAAACGGUACAUUGGAGCCUGGCAAAAGACUGAUGAACUGGGUCUGGUACAGGAACUAUAAGGACGGCAGUGAUGAACUGUCAGAUCUGAUGACAGGAAAGGAUCAGUCACAUCACCACAUCACCCUUCCUCCCGAUCAGAUGAAGGAUGAAGUCUGGGCAAAGCAGAAGCAAGACGCUAGAGACGUCCUGCCGCCUCAGUUCGCUGAGCUGGUCAACAAGACAACACAUCCAUUUGUCCAAGCUAUAACGGACAACAUAUCGCCCAAUAACGAGUUCUGUAGCGGCAAGCUGCUGUUGGUUGGAGAUGCCCUUGCUGGAUUCCGACCGCAUACGGCUGCAUCGACUAGUCAGGCUGCUUUCGAUGCGUUGACUUUGGGAGAGUUGCUUGAAGGCAACAUUAAUAGAACUGAGUACAACGAUAGAGUCAUGACGUAUGCUAGCGAGACCCAGAAGCAUGGUGUCGAGCUUGGUGAGAGGAGUCAAUUUGGCAAACAUCCUCUAGCUUGCUAG